CCAGCCUACUAACGUUGCAGCACAUCGCCGUCCCGCGACACCGCCGUCAAGAUGAAGCUCAACAUCUCCUACCCCAACAAUGGCACCCAGAAGCUGAUCGAGAUUGAAGACGACCGCAAGCUUCGCGUCUUCAUGGACCGUCGCAUGGGUCACGAAGUCCCCGGCGACUCCGUCGGCGACGAGUUCAAGGGCUACAUCUUCCGCAUCACCGGUGGAAACGACAAGCAGGGUUUCCCGAUGAAGCAGGGUGUCAUGCACCCCACCCGUGUCAGGCUCCUGCUCGCCGACGGUCACUCGUGCUACCGCCCCCGCCGCACCGGCGAGCGCAAGCGCAAGUCCGUCCGCGGCUGCAUCGUCGCCAUGGACCUGUCCGUCAUCGCCCUCUCCAUCGUCAAGAAGGGUGACGCCGACAUUCCCGGCCUGACCGAUGUCGUCCACCCCAAGCGCCUCGGCCCCAAGCGCGCCACCAAGAUCCGCCGCUUCUUCGGUCUCAGCAAGGAAGAUGAUGUCCGCAAGUUCGUCAUCCGCCGCGAGGUCCAGCCCAAGAAGGAGGGCGCGAAGCCCUACACCAAGGCCCCCAAGAUCCAGCGUCUGGUCACUCCCCAGCGUCUGCAGCACAAGCGCCACCGUGUCGCACUCAAGCGCCGCCGCGCAGAGGCUUCCAAGGACGCCGCCAGCGAGUACGCCCAGAUUCUGUCCAAGCGCAUCUCCGAGGCCAAGGUCUCCCACGAGGAGGCCCGCAAGAGGCGUGCCUCUUCCAUGCGCCACUAGAUUUCUACUACUGGAGGUGUCAUGAUAAAUGAUGAAAAGUCGUGAAUGUUUACUUUGGCGUCGGCACGAGAACAGGGUGCAGACUUCGUGCUUCUGGAAGCAUGCUCCGGGAUUUUAGGCAUGGGCGUCUCAUACCACUGACUGCACAAGGCAGUUGUCUUCAAUGAUACAAUUGCAUUACUUCACGAUU